AUGACACCCCUGUCACCAAGAUCAGCACGACACCCCUGUCAACGGCCUCAACACACCACCCCUGUCACCGACCUCAGCACCCCUCCCCGUCACCAAGAUCAGCACGCCAACUCCGUCACCGACCUCACCACGCUACCCCCGUCACCGACCGCAGCACGCGACCCCUGUCACAGACCUCAGGAAGCCACUUCUGUCACCGACCUCAGCACGGCACCCCUGUCACCGACCUCAGCAGGCGACUGCUGUAACCGACUUCAGGAAACCACCUCUGUGUCCGACCUCACGACGAUAACCCUGUCACCAACGUCAGCACGCGACCCUUGUCACCGACCUCAGCACGCCACCCUUGUUAUGGGCCUCAGCAAGCAAAACCUGUCACCUACCUUAGCACGAAAGCCCUGUCACAAUGAUCAACACAACACCAUUGUCAACAAGAUCAGCACACCACCCCUGUCACCGGCCUCCUCACGCCACCCCUGUCACCGACCUCAGCACGCAACCCCUGUCACGGACCUCAGCAUGCCACCUCUGUCACCGACCUCACAUGCCACCUAUGGCACCAACCUCAGCACGACAGCCUUGUCACCGACCUCAGCACGCGACGGUUGUCACCGACCUCAGGAAGCCACCACUGUCAACGACCUCAUCACGCUACCCCUGUCACCGACCACAGCAUUCCACCCCUGUCAACGACCUCAGCACGCCUACUCUGUCACAGACCUCAGCACGACAACCCUGUCACCGACUUCAGCAGGUCACCACUGUCACCGAAUGUAG